AAUUAAAAACGCAUGAUGAUAAUAAUAAUACUUCUACUACUACAAUGCAGCAAUUGCCCCACACACAGGAAGGCAACGCCGUGCGGCGGGUGGAGCGCUGCAGGUGUUCCCGGGCCAUUGCCGCUGCUGCUGCCGCCGCCGCCGCGUCGCGGGGAGUGGCUGCACCUGGCCGGGCUCCGCCUCACGUCACGCCGCCUGCUCCCCGGGGCUCCUCUCACCUGCACCAUGUCGGCUCCCGCUGUAAACGCCAACGCCAACACCAACCCUAACUCGGUGUCUUUCCCGGCUCCGCGGGUAACCCUACCCCUCGGCAUACCGGUGCUACAAACCUACUCCGGUGCAUUCAUCUGUUUGGAGAUAUUGUUCGGAGGCCUGGUGUGGAUUCUGGUCGCCUCGUCUAACGUGCCGGUGCCUCUGUUGCAAGGAUGGGUGAUGUUCGUGUCGCUCACCAUGUUCGUGGGCUCUUGCCUCUACCUGUCGGUGUAUCUUUGCGGGCUGGCCGACCGGGUGGACACAGACUGGAAUAUGGUGGACUUUGUCUAUCACUUCAUCGCCUUUGUAUUCUACUUUGGGGCAUCACUGCUUGAAGCUGCAACAACGUCUGCGGCUGUAGAUCCUGGAAGCUUUAAUGGAACCUUAGGGGGAGCUAAGUUGAUAACUUUACUAGAUUUUCGACAGUACAGUAUCAAUGUUGUUGCUACGAUAUUUUCAUUUGUCGUUACCCUGUGUUACGCCUGUAGUCUGACUCUUGCCUUGAGAAGAUGGAAACUGUAAAUCGGUGCCCAUGAACUAUAUGGAAAGAUAGAGGUGGCUGGAUUCAUUUCGCUGACACACCACUUGCAUUGCUGAAAGACUCGUCCCAAGACCAAGGGUGGUCCUUCAAAGGCCAAUACUGUUUUAUACUGGGGUGAUUUUGCAGCAGUGUCUUUUGUUAAUAAAUUAAUAACAUUUUUGUGAUUAUUUUCAGUGUUAAGAUCUAAAACUUGUGAAAGAAUAAAUUGGAUUCCAAUCUGUCGGAAUGUUCAGUGUGUUACUCAACAGUUAUAGGUUUCACAAUAUAUUUGAUUGCAGUAUCAGAGUUUAUGUACAGUAAAAGAUUUGGGGUGAAGGGAAUAAAAAAAAUCCCAAGGACUGAAAUCAUGUUUAUCUGCUUGCAUAAACACUUUUUUUAAAUGUAAUCAUUUUCAUUCGUGCUUGUGAAUUUUCAUAUUGCAUAAUUUAUUUACAUGAUAUAACCUUUACACUCUUGAGAUUCAGUACAUUAAAUGGGUAAAUAUGAAGUAUUGUGAAACAAGUCAAAUUUGUUUUUAUUAAAUCCCAGUUUUUUUAGUUUUCUUACACAAUAUAUCAGGAGCUUUUUGUUAUGGAAGAAAUAGCCUUGUAUUAUAUGUGCUAGUUAAAAUGAAGAUGUUUCUAAGUAGGUCAGGGAGUUUGGGAUAUAUUAAUAAUUCUCUGAUCAGUAGUAAUGCUUUAAGGGUUUGUGGUUAAUCUGACAAGAAUUGCUUCAUGCUAAUCAACUGAAGUCCUUUUACUGAACAAAUGUAUACCAUCUUAACACUGGUUUGCCACAUGGUGCAGAGUUUUGUCACGUUAAACCUAGUUAUUUAAAUGUGUAGAGCUCUUGCUGUAGACUGCAUGAAUACCUUCAGUCCAUUCUCAGCUUAAAAAGCCAUUCCCAUUGUUUAUGGUUUUCAUGAUGUGCCUAAAAUUGUUAUUCAAAACCUUUCAUCCAGCAUCCAUAAUUCGACUAACCAGCAGAAGAAGAGAUUACUAUUUUUUUUCCAGACAGAUAUGAUUUCAUAAUUGGUGAUUUUUAUUUUUACUAACAAAACAGUGUGAUUUGGUUUACCACAGAUAUUUCUCUCGGUUUUCAUUGGGUAUUUUUUUUUUGGUUGCUCCAAUAUUUGCUCCAAUAGGAAAACUGUAAUUUGACAUCAGGCUGCUGAUUCAUAACUUCAACCAUCUCGGAGCAAGUAUUAAUCCGAUACCAAGUAAUUAAUCUAUCAUACACUUCAGUUUGGUCAAUUUCGCAAAUACACUUUUGCAAAUCAUCAACACAAGCUAAAUAUUCCCUAAUUUGCUAUCAUACUUUCCAAUGGUAUACAUUGUGGUUUUCUUGAUUCUGACUAGUCUAAUGUUUAUCCUAGUUUUUUAACAGUAAUUGCACUGAAUAAAGGUUGUAAUCUGA